AAUUACUUAUCAGGUAAGUAUGCAAACCAAUUACGCCAUCCCUCUUAAGGUCUGAAGUUUCCUACAAUCAUCAAACACAUUUGCCCAUCCAUGUUCUAAGAAAUAGGAAGUGCUUAAUUAGCUGGCUAGAGAGACUCAUAUGGAGGAGCUGAGUGAAAAUUGCUUCCAUGAAGCCACCUACCUAGACCAAGAAGGUCAAUUAAGAACUUCCAGAGUGCCCGUGGUUCAAGAACUCGCUCGGCGAGGAUUCAAACAUUUGCCUGAGAGAUUCAUAAGGGUGCACCUUGAACACGAUUAUGAUGUUGUUGACUUAUCUUUGCUUAAUAAUGUCUCAGAAGUCCUACCAUCCAUAAGCAUGGCUAAAUUACGAGCCCGGUCUGAGUCCACAGACUGGACCCGAGAGCUGGCCGAGCUAGCAAGUGGUGCUAAUACUUGGGGUAUGCUCAUAAUCAAGGACCAUGGUGUGCCAGGGCAUGUUUUAGAUGGUGUGAAGGAUGUGGUCAAGGAGUUCUUUGGGUUGUCGUUUGAAGAGAAGAAAGCAAGCGUUGGGUCGUAUGUGAGUGUGGAUAACAUGGGCUACGGCCGGAACUUUGUGAAGUCGGAAGAUCAACCGUUGGAUUGGAUUGACCGUGUGACUGUGAAAGCAGCUCCUGUCGGAGCAACCCAAGGGCUCCAUGUUUGGCCUCAAAGGCCUGCCGAUUUCAGGCAUGCUAUAGAGCAAUACGUUCAUGAAGCAAGAACCAUCUUGAAUGACUUACUGGAAGGCCUUGCCGAAGCCUUAUCACUAGAAAAACAUGUAUUCCUCCAAAAUUUUGACCCCAAAGACAGUGAGAUCAAUGUGAGAGUCAACUACUACCCACCAUGUCCUAGACCAGACCAUGCCCUCGGUCUAACUCCGCAUUCGGAUGCCAGUGCCCUUACUCUCCUUAUGCAAUUCGACACCGCUGGAGGUCUCCAGGUCUUGAAGGACAAGAAAUGGGUGAAUGUGCCUUGGCCACCAGAGGCAUUGCUAGUGAAUAUGGGAGACUUGCUAGAGAUUAUGAGCAAUGGAAAGUUAAAAAGCCCAUGGCAUAGGGUUGUGACCCAAAUGGAUGUUGAGCGCUUCUCAGUGGCUUUGUUCUAUAAUCCAUCUCCCCGAACUUUGAUUGAUCCUAUAAGGGAUCGUAAUUCCUUGAAAGAUGAGGGGUAUGAGAAGGUGGUUGUGGGUGAUUAUUUGCAACACUUUUAUAGAGUUAGUCCUACUGCGGAGAAACAAGCCAUCAACUUUUCCAAAAGACCCAGAACGUAAUGAGGUGUGUGGGAUUUUACAUGCUUUGUUAAUGUUGUUAUUUUUGUUAACCAAUAUAUUAGUUUGGAAUGUGAUCCUUGGCACCUAGCUCGGAUUUGAUUUGUUAUCAUGUGCGAAUCUAACUAGCACAGGAUUCAUGCGUAUUGCUUUUAAUUAUUGUAUGUGCGGCUUGGUUAUUA